UGACAAUAAAGGUGAACUCCACCUAUCUGGUACGCUGACAUGAUGAGACAGGAAUGCAGCUGUGCGAGACUCGACUUAUUAAUUACAGCGCAUCUUCUCUACACUGACAGAAGGAGCAGCUGUUGACUGCUGUCCAGACCAGUGUAUCGUAAGAGAGUCACCGACGCCACCGACGCAGAAAUGUGGGGCAGCAGUUCAGACAGCCACCCCUCAGGCUACGACCUGGGCCCCAAGCCAGGGGACCAGGGGAGCCACGGGCCUGGAGGUGGGAGUGGAAGAGACGGUCGCUCUGGACGAGAUGACCGCCAUGGAGGAGACCGCCCAGAGAUGAUCGCCAUGGAGAUGAUCUCCAUGGAGGAGACCGUCAUGGAGAUGAUCGCCAUGGAGAUGAUCGCCAUGGAGGAGACCGCCCCAGAGAUGAUCAUGAGGACAGCCACAGGAGAUCCAGCCCCGACCGUGACAGGGACCGCCACAGGGAUAGACACAGCCCUGACUGCCACGGAGACAACGACAAGGAACGCGACCACAGCCCUCGUCGUCAUCGUCGGGGCAGCGGUGGUGGGAGCCCCAGACACGGUAGCAGUGGUAGCAGCAACAGCGGCAGCGAUGAUGAGCACAGGGGCCACGGAAAACAUGGACGCAAACACAAGCACGGGGGCCACGGGCGCGGUCGUGGUCGUGGUCGUGGUUGUGGUCAUGGUCGUGGAGGAUGGCAGCAGACUCACUGACCUGCAGAGACUUGACCUGCCUCUGAAAGAAAGAUUAAAACAUGUAGAACUGGAUCGUUUUCUGCCAUGUACUCAAACUAAACCCACUGUUAGUACAGUAUCACUGUUCUGUUUCCCCCCUGGAGCAGCUGUGGUUGUUUGCUGUGUGAAUGAAACUGCCUGCAGCCUUUGAAUGUCUGCCAAACAACCGUCAUGGCUGCUGGAAUCCAAAAUGAAAAAACUGCGAUACAGCUAAAGGAUAACUCUGGUAUUUUUUAAUUGAGCCUUGUUUUUCCGUGUUUUUGGGUGUAAAUGAUUGAUAGGGACAAACAUCUGUGAAUCUUGAGCAUUACUGAGUAAGAACGGUGCACCAGGCCACUGAUGGGCAACUUUACACGUCAUGUACGUCCACUUAAGUGCUUGUUUUGCCACUGACAGACUCAGAUUGUUGAUUUAAGUGUCUGACAAUAGGAUUCCUACAGAUAUAGUGCUUUUUAUUAAAGAGUAAGAUCCCUUUUGUUCAACCAGAAACAUCACCGCACAUCACUGUACCAGACUCCAUUGACAAAACAGGGAUUUAACCAGGAGCUGCUGGAAUACCACUGCCUCCAUCUGUUAGUGUGUCUGUGUUACUGUGGGACUUUCAGUGGUGGAAAGUUUCUGAUUGACUUCUUCAUCCACUGAAAAUCACACAGUAAUAAAAACACACUAACAGAUGGAGGCAGCGGUUUUCCAGCAGCUCCCAGUAAAACGUUUCUCAAUGGAGUCUGGUAGAGAUAUAUAGAGAUGUUUCUGGAUCUUCCUCUUUAAUAAAAAGCUCUGUCUCUGUAGGAAUCCUGUUCAUAAUGUUGUCGGACACUGAGAAGAACAAUCUGAGUCUGUCAAUGAUAGAAAACAAGAACUUUAGUGGACGUAUUUCGACGUGGAAAACUGCACCAAUUCCAGAGGUUUUUGUCCCGAUUAAUCACUGACACCCAAAACCAUGGGGAGAUAAGGCCCAGGUUCCAGAGUGCUGGAGGUACAUAUUGUCCUGCACAGUGUGGGCAGCAGAAAAGUAAACAUGCUAAUGCUGUACUUCUGUGCUUAUCUGAAAUAAAAUGUUCUGAAAGCAUAAA